AUGGGGUUGACUAAGACCGGCUCGCGGUCGACCGCAUCUCUCCCCCCGGAACCGGUGGACAUCAUCCGCAGCAAGUCAUGUUACCGCCGAGUACGGCUCAACGUUGGGGGGCUUCCACACGAGGUCCUCUGGAGAACGUUGGAUAGAUUACCGCGCACCCGGUUAGGGAAACUACGAGACUGCAACACCCACGACUCGCUCAUGGAGGUAUGUGACGACUACAACUUGGACGAGAAUGAGUACUUUUUCGACAGGCACCCGGGGGCGUUCACGUCCAUUCUGAACUUCUACCGGACCGGUAAGCUCCACAUGAUGGAGGAGAUGUGCGCCCUGUCGUUCAGUCAGGAGCUGGACUACUGGGGCAUAGAUGAGAUCUACCUGGAGUCCUGCUGCCAGGCCAGGUACCACCAGAAGAAAGAACAGAUGAACGAGGAGCUCAAAAGAGAGCAAGACACCUUGAACGACAGAGACGGAGAAGAGUUCGACAACACGUGUUGUGCCGACAAACGAAAGAAACUCUGGGACCUUCUAGAAAAGCCUAGUUCGUCCGUCGCAGCCAAGAUCCUAGCCAUCAUCUCCAUCCUGUUUAUCGGGCUGUCCACCAUCGCCCUGUCCCUCAACACCCUGCCUGAGCUGCAGGACACAGACGAAUUUGGACAUGCCUCAGACAACCCCCAGCUGGCCCACGUAGAGGCCGUCUGCAUCGCCUGGUUUACUAUGGAGUACCUCCUCCGCUUCCUCUCAUCGCCCACCAAAUGGAAGUUCAUCAAAGGUCCCCUGAACGUGAUCGACCUGCUGGCCAUCCUUCCUUACUACGUCACAAUCUUCCUGACCGAGUCCAACAAGAGUGUUCUACAGUUCCAGAACGUUCGGAGGGUGGUUCAGAUCUUCCGGAUCAUGCGUAUCCUUAGGAUUCUGAAGUUGGCGCGUCAUUCCACAGGGCUGCAGUCUCUAGGAUUCACCCUGAAGAGGAGUUACAAUGAGCUGGGUCUACUCAUCCUCUUCCUGGCCAUGGGCAUCAUGAUCUUCUCCAGCCUCGUCUUCUUCGCAGAGAAGGACGAGGAUGACACGAAAUUCAAAAGCAUCCCAGCCUCCUUCUGGUGGGCUACCAUUACUAUGACCACGGUGGGUUAUGGGGACAUUUACCCUAAGACUCUGCUGGGUAAGAUUGUGGGUGGUCUCUGUUGCAUCGCAGGGGUGCUGGUGAUAGCCUUGCCCAUUCCCAUCAUCGUCAACAACUUCUCUGAGUUCUACAAGGAGCAGAAGCGCCAGGAGAAAGCUGUGAAGCGGCGGGAGGCACUGGAGAGGGCGAAACGCAAUGGGAGCAUCGUCUCCAUGAACAUGAAGGAGGCGUUCGCCCGCAGUGCCGAGCUGAUGGACGUGGUGGUGGAGAAGAGCGAGAGGCCGCUAACGCAAGACAACCACCUGUCACCCAGCCACUGGAAGUGGACACCUAAGCGGGCCACCACCGCCUCCGAGACCAGCUCGGCCCACUCCUUCAACCCUGUGGAGUCGCAGACCGGUUCCCCCAUCAAGGCCAGGGCCUCCAGUCCUCAGGGGCUCAACCCUCAGAAGCUGGAGGAGAUGUAUAACCAAAUGGCCAAGACCCAGUCACAGCCCAACCUCAACGCCAAAGACAAGAGCUCCAGGGCUGGCAGGCAGAGGGAUAGGGAUGAGAUGGAGCUGGGGACCAUCCCUGGGGGUCCAGGGGACCCUAUGCUAGGGGGUCGAGAGGGGGUGGGGGACAUGAAGAGCCUGUCUAGUAUUGACAGCUACAUCAGCUGUGCUGCAGACUUCCAAGAGAAUCCACGUGGUGUCUACGCCCAUAGUCCAGCCUACGGCCUGGCCCUCCUGGCUCAGGAGACCAGCCGCUUCUCCAACAUCAACCCAGUCACGGCCCUCUCUGGGCGGGUCAGCACCAACCCUGGCCUCCAGACCACCCUGGAGCAUGAGCCCUUGCUGGAUCCACUCUCUGCUGUGAAGCCUGCAGGUUCUGGCAACACUCGUCACUUUAACAACCCUCUAAAGGGUGGUGGCCUUUCCUACAAGGUGAACUACCGGAGCAGUGGAGGGGAGUCAGUGCCAGGACCAGGCCCAGGCCCUUCCCCCAGCAGCGGUGGUCCUCUCUCAGACAGUUCCGUCCUGUCUGACCGCUCCCUGCUCAGCCCAGAGGCGUCCAUCUACACCACGGCCAGCAGCAGGACACCGAACAAGUCCCCUGACAGCUCCACCCUGACCACAGCCCUGACCUCCACACCGGCCGUCUUCACUUUCCACGACUCCUCCAUCAGUAAGUACAUUGACGCCGACACAGACGAAGACGAGCACCUGCGGGACAUGUCGGAGGCCACCAGCCCCUCGGAGCGCCUGUUGGCCGGCUCCAGUCCCCCCAAACACAGCAGGAACAUCAACAGCGGCUACAACCAGAGAGGCAUCAACCACCUGGCACCAAGCACCACCCAGCGGAUGCUGGGGCAGAACUGCCUAUUCCCUGGCCUGGAUGAGGGGACGCGGGGGAGCGGGGGCCACACGGAGAACCAUGUGGUUCCAGAGCUGCCUCGCAGGUCCAAAGGGGACAGAGGAAGGUCUAGUGCCAUGGACAAGAGUCUCUGA